AUGAGUAUCGACGACAUUCCGCUCGAGCAACUUUCGGAAAGCCAUGUCCUGAUUCUUGGAGCUGGGCCUGUCGGGCUUGUGCUGGCUCUCGUUCUAGCUCGUCAUGGCAUACCUAGUGUUUUGCUCGAGAAGAACACUUCCAUCACGCGCUUCCCCAAGAUGGAUCUUACUCUGGCACGAUCCAUGGAGAUUUUCCGACAGUUGGGAGUUCCUUCAGAUGAACCUUUCAAUGUUCGUUUCUCCAGUGGCCUCGGCUCCAACACACCCCCUCUUUCGACUUGGAGUCUGCCCAGCGUAGAUGAAUACAGAAAAACAAUUUCCGCCAAGGAUGAUGGCUCCAUGCCUAGAGAGCCCUGGCAGAGAAUCACUGGUGAUGCUUUGGAACGGCUGUUUAGAGCAGAAUGCGAGGCCAGUCCUCUUGUAGACGCCCGGUACAGUUGGCUCGUUACCGAUGCUCUUGAAGAUCAAACAGGAGUCGAAGUAACUGCUCAAGGACCAAACGGAAAGCCUGCCAAAAUCCGAGCUGGAUAUACUGUUGGUUGUGAAGGCGCUAACAGCGUGUUACGAAACAAACUUGGAAUUAUCCUUGACGGCGGCGCUUUAACACAUGCAGCCCAUCUUAUCCAUUUCAAAUCCCGCGACCUGAUCAAGCUACACGCUCAGGGUAACUUUUGGCAUACCUUCUUCCCCAGCAAUCCCGAGAAGCACCAGGGCUCGCUUGGGGGAGCCAUUAUUGCUCAGGAUGCCAAAGAAGUCUGGACUAUUCAUGACUACCUAACUGCUGGGGCCGAUUUGUCGGAGGAAAAUGCUCAAGAGACCAUUAUGAGAGUUCUGGGCGGCAUGGGCGAAGCAUACUCGAUCCAAGUGGACGAGAUCCUCGCCCAGUCUACUUUCAAGCCGACAGUUGCAUUGGCCCAGACUUGGGUUGGCAAGCACCAGCGUGCCAUCUUGGCUGGAGAUUCAGCUCAUCAGACGGUUCCUUCUGGUGGUUACGGUAUGAACAUGGGCUUCAUUGAUGCUUGGGCUCUGGGCUGGCGUCUAGCUGGGCGGAUUCAAGGCUGGGGUGGCCCGCAGCUCUUGUCUACAUAUGAGGUGGAACGUCGCUCUGUAGCUGAACUGAAGCAGCAUUGGGGCAAGACACACGGAAUGAGGCUCAUGGGCUUAUCUCGAGUAGUAACUCUGGACCCCAACGUCGUCAACGCAUCCACAGACGAAGCGCGAGACCUGAGAGCUCGAAUUGAUGAGUAUAUUCAAAAGAACGACGACCAUAACCAGUCCCUCGGCGUUGAGAUGGGAUACCGUUACGAAUCCAGUCUGUGUGUUGACAAUCCUCUUAACAAGCAGCUUCCUCCUCCGCAAUUUGAUCAUCGCCACUACAUCCCAACAACACAUCCCGGCUAUCGAGCCCCUCACGUGUUUUUGAAGGAUGGAAGUUCUAUUUUCGAUAGCUAUGGUGUCGGAUACACUCUUGUCGCGUUCAAGGACUCUGAGGGAAUGCAUUCUGGGCAGCAGAUUUGGUUUUGGUUCGACCAGAUGGACAUGUAG